AUGGAAAAGAGAUAUGAUAAACUUGUUAUCAUAUCUCGAUACGAAUCAGUUGGCUUUUUAAAACAUCCUUUAUCUAAUGUGCUUUAUCGUGCAAUUGCUGCUGAAUCUACCUCUAUUGAUAUUGAAACUCCCACUGAUUACGAAAUCCAAAAAAAAAAUACUAUUCUGGUAAAAGCAAAGUCAUGUGGUCAAAUUUCAUUGUGA